AUGGCGGAUGGCAGCGACCUUCGCAUCGUCAUCCAGAAGAUCAGCGGAGAGACGCUGGAGACCACGGCUCGCUCCGAGGACACGGUGGGUGACCUCAAGAGUCGAAUUGCGCAAGAGGUCAAUGUCCCAUCACUUUGUCAGAGGCUGGUCCUACACAGCGUCCCGCAGAAGCUGAUCUUCCAGCGCAGCUUGCCCCACUUCUCCAAAGAGCUCGAGAAGGUUCUGGGGGAGCUGGAGCCAAGGAUGUAUGCGGAGGUGAGAGCUCUGCAACGACCUCCUCCUUCCUGCUUGACUUGCAUCGUGAUGGUUCUGCAGCUGAUGGCGGUCCUCGGCCCUUCCGCCUUCGAGAACUUGGCCCGCUUGGGGAGGGAGCCCUGGAAUGAUGACGACUGGCGAAGUUGCACCUGGAAAGAUUGCAUGAUGAUGACGGGACCGUGGAAUCAUUUCCGACAGAACCUGCAGCGCAUUGCCACACUUCUCUUAGACGUCGGCCUUGAUGAUGCCAAGGUGCAAGCGGCGAGGAGCACCCUUGAAGACCUUGGAGGCCCACAGGCGCCCAUGAAGAUGCAAAAGGUUAGUGUGUUGUGCUAUUGGCUCACCCUCUUCGUCGUCGAAGUCUUAAAAGUCCACGAGGAGUCG